CUGCAGUAGCAUAAGCUAAGUGUGUGUUGGAUAAUAAACAUUGUGACUUCACUUUGUGGAUUAUUGUGUUUAUAAAAUAUUAACCAAAAAUGAAACUCCUAGCAGUGCUGUGUGCCUUGGUAGCGUUCGUGGCUGCAAGGCCUGACGAUCAUUACAGUGACCGAUAUAAUAACUUCAAUAUUGAUGAGCUCAUCGGUAACGAAAGGCUGAUGAAGUCAAAUGUUCUAUGCUUCGAAGAUGAGGGCAAGUGCACUCCUGAAAUGAGCGAAAUUAAAGAGUUGGCGCCUGAAGCAGUGCAAACGUCGUGUGCUAAAUGCACUGACCAACAAAAGGUCCUCGUCGCUAAAGUGAUGAAAGCCGUGAUGGAGAAGCUGCCCGAAGAUUGGGAGAAACUGCGCAAAAAGUACGAUUCUGAAGGAAAAUAUGAAAAUGACUUCAAGGCUUUCGUUGAAAAAUACUCUGCUUGAAACGAGUAAAUACUAAUUUUGUUGCAAUUAUACAGAGCUAUCUAUAUAUGUGAAUAGUUGAUUAAAUAAAGCUAUUGAAA